AUGGGGCGCUGGGGAAUGAGGCUCUUCGAGGGCGACCAAAACAUUGAUAUCGCACUACAGAUCAAUAACACCUUUGGGGAAGGUGAAAAAGAUGACCUCUCGCUCUCUCAUAUGAUACACCAAACAGACAUGUUGGCGCCCAUGAUGAUGCGCAUGUACUACCAAACCUCAGAAUACGGGGAAGAGCUUCAGGAUAUGGUGUCUAAGGCACGCGCGAAGCUCGACACUGAUGGUUUGGGACGAAAACUCAUGGAUCAUUGGCGCGCGAAGGAGACCGAUAGGGGCGGGGAAUACCGCUUCAUCAUCGCUGGGGCGCUAUUGAUGCGUGCUGGGGCCGAAAUCGAGGAGUCGGAUAUGCAACACCUCCGUGAAUUGGUCCCACGUAUUCAUUGCAGCCCGGGAUACGAGCUUCCCCUUUUCGAUCAAGGCUUCCGUGGACCCGGGCGGGCCCAGUUUCUCGCGGCUUUCGACAAUUACAAACCUAGUGUACCCCGCAACUACCAGGAACCAAGUUGUUUCCAUUGUGGACAAGUUGGAGCCGACAGUGGAAAAGUACCGAUGAAAUGUGGUGGAUGCCGCUCAGCAUGGUAUUGUGAUAAGGACUGUCAGAAAGCCCACUGGAAGCAGUAUAAGCCAAGUUGCAUUGAUCCAAGUCGAGCUUGGACUUUGAAUGUCUAA